AUGUCUGCAGCAGAGGAGAGUACAGAUAAUCAAGGUGAAAAUGAAGAGAACAGCGAGAAAAAAGAGGAACAAGAAAGUGAUCCACAAGGACAAGUAGCAAGCGAUCUCCCGCAAACCGCCGAGGAAAAUGGCGGCGAAGUCGACGAGGGUUCUGCUCAAACUGUGGAAACCAGAAAGGUAGAUGAGGAAGAAGAAGUGAAAGAAGAGAAGCAAGAAAAUGUAUCUGAGGUUGUAAAUGUGAAGGAUGAUGCAGAAAAUCCGGAGGAAAGGGAGGAAAAGAUUAAAAACCCUUCGGAAGAACAGCAAGGCACACCAGUCGAAGAAGCUGAAGAAACAGCCAUGUCUGUCGUUAUUUCCGAACCUGAUAAAAACGUUGAAACUCAAGAAGCAAAUGCUCAAACCGAGGGGAGAGAAUCACCCGUUGGAAAGGAUGCAGAUGCAUCUGCGGACGCGCCAUCUAAAGUGGAUAACGGUGAUAACAGAGUUAUUGAGUCUCAGUCGGAGCGAGAGAGUGAAGCGCCUCCAGUGGCCCCUCCGACUUCACAGGCAGAAAGGUCCAUUGAUAGCGAGCUGGGUCAUGCUGAAUCUGCAGGAAACGUUAGGGAUGGCUUCACUGCAAAUGGUAAGCUUAAUUGGUGAUAAGUUUCCUAUCAACAAAGUACAGCUGCUAUACCGUGGUACAUUCUAUUUUUUAUUUACAAACCUCAAGGCCGAUUUCCACGGAGAAAUUUUACCUGAAUCCUAUCUUUUGAAUCGGAUUCAGGUAAAAUGUGCGGUAUAAAUUGGCUUGGAGUUUUAUCUGACUCUUUUGAAUCAAAUUUAUAGCCUGCAUACAUGUAGCAAGCGUUUCUGGGUGGGUUCGUCGAGAAAGUUGGGACAAGAGCCAAAAAUGGAAUUGCAGGGGAGGGGGAGGGGAGAGAAGAAAAAGCUUGCCUGCAAACCCCACAAGUUUGAAAAACUGCGUUCGCCCCCUGGAGUACCUAUUGAACUGGUCUCUGUAACUAUAAAACCAGACAAUGUUUCACCUAGCUGCAAAGACAUCAUUGUUUCAAUGCUCUGGGAGAUGAAUUUUUAUUUUCAACUUUAUGCAUGCAUGUUUUGCCUUUGUAGGAAAAAAACUGGGGGGCACAGUCCCCCCCGGCCCCUCUCCAUGCUACAGCCCUGAUACUGUUUUCUUUCCCAAUAAAGUAUCCUGAGUCAAGAUUUUGGUGAAUCCUGCUCGCAUCAAGACGCUGUGCAUUUCCUGAGUUCAGUCAAAUCCUGGGUCUCAAGAGUACCCUUCCAGACAUUAUUUCAGGCUAUCUAUUUGGUUUACCCAGCCUCUCCCUAUAUUUAUUUAAUGUAAAACAUUAAUAAUUAUUAUUGCAUGUUACAUGUAUCUUAUCUUCAGUCAAGUUCAUUAUCAUGCCAGAGGGACAUGUUCAGAACAUGACAUGUUCAUUAAAGCAGUCAUUUCUUGAGCUCAGAAACCAUUUUGCGUCAGAGCUUAACCAGUCGCCCCAAAUGAUACUGAUGCUCUUUGAUGGUAAGUGUCACUUGUAUUGUUGACGGUCAUAAAUUUGUAAUAAAAUAAUAAUACUAAAAGCCCCCACCCCAAGCUUUUUUAGCCUUUGCUGUUGCUGUGGUUGUUGUUGUUGUUGUUUUUUAGGGAUGGGGUCCUUAAUAGAAAAGACGGGAUGGUUGUCUUUUAUCUUUGUCUCUCAAAAGGUUUAACUAUAGGUUAUUUUUGUGAUGUUUCAGCCACUUACCGCUAUAGUCUUCAGCUUAUAUUUUCACUUAACCUUAUUGCCCUUACUGUACAAAGACUACAAUGAGGGACAAAAGUGUUGACACAUUUCCGUAAAAUGGCCCCUUUUUGCAUAGUGGAUAUACUUAUCCCCUUCCCCUGUCUACCCCAACCCCUUGCCCCCAAAAUCAAUGUUGAAUUUUGGACCCUCAAGUCUUUUUUUUUACCUCAGACAACAUUGAUUCGGGGGGUCGGGGGAUUUACGGCGUUUAAAAGGAAUGAAAUAAUAAAUGAAUGAAAUGUUUGUUAAAAGCACCCGUUUUAAACAACUGUGUCAACUACUUUUGUCCCUGAUUGUAGUUAGUAGUGAUCAUCAGUGAAAAGAAAAGUGGCUCUAAAUCCAAAGUGACUGCAUAAUAAAAAAUAAUGAUAAUAUUUUUAAGUGAUGAUAUAAGAUUUCAUUUUAUCUAUACAUGCAUAUGGAAGUUUUGUUUGCGGACACCUUAGUAAUGUGGAUGCACUACUAAAUCCCAGGCAAAAUAUGUAGCACUACCUUUCAUUUUGUCACUAGUUGUUACAGGUAUGAUAAGAGACCUAUAAACUAAAGUUAAUAUUUCUGAAUGUAACAAGUCAAUCUUUCACCUUCUGCUGACUUUCUUAAUAUGCCUUUGCACUCUCUCCAUAAAGGGAAACUUGUAGAAGAUCAGACAGUGUUAUCUGAUCUGGGUGUGCAAGGUGGACAGACACUUCAAGUGGAAAUCCAGUCUGCAGAUCCUGUUAAUAAACCUCUGAAGUAUACAAAAGUAUCACCAACCUACAAACUGCCAGACAAAGUCAAUGUCAAAGUAGAAAUUGGUAAAUAUAUUUUAUGUUACAAUUGGCUCCUUUUUGCACUCAGUAAAUCAAAUUACUCAGCUGACAGUGUGCCAAAUUCUUUUUUUUUACUGACAAUAUUAUCAAAGAACACCAAUCCCAUAAAACUUCUGCUGUUUUAGAGACCUGCCAGGAAACAGGUCCAGCAUAACAUCAACCCACACAAUGUAAAAGUUUUAUCAUACAAAAUUAAAAAUCACAGCAUUAAGCCCUACGUUGAGAAGGCCAUCACAAUCCUCUCUGAAUGGGAAUAUGUAACAACCUUUCAGCCUGAAUUUCAGACUGUUACUUCGAGUCAUUUUUACUCCCUUAGCAACGUCUGAAUCGACUGGCCGUUAAUGCUGCCAGUGUCAUCACUGCCCAGGGUUCUCCCCAAAUUUUAGCUCAGCAGGUAAGGGACCAUUCAUGGACGGUAAGGCCAAAAGAUAUACACUUUUCUCGGGGGGGGGAGGGGGGUGGGGGAGUGGAGGGAGGGACAUGGACCCCGCCCUGCUUGGGAAAUUUUUUUAUUCCCAUAUUUUAAGACCUAUUUUACGCAAAUCUGCUGUCGGGUUAUCUUUAGACAACAAAUUAAAACGUUCGAUUCCAAUAAUUUUACUAUGUCUUUAAUGUCCUCUUUCCAAAAUGCAUGUCCUUAAAAAGGAAAGCUGUAUAUACAGUACAGUCCAAAAGUAAUGCACGUGCUAAAAGUGGCAUAAGAAGUUGUGCGCCGCAAGAACAUGCAAGCCACCGCAAGAAGCGAAAGUGCCAUAUUUUUGCGGACCCUUUGUGUUUUACCCGCAAGAACGUUGAAACGAAAGAAGUCAAAAAUCUUCACCGCAAGAAGCUAGAAAACUACCGCAAGCCUCAAGAAGGCGCAUGAAAUUCUUUACAAGUGUUAACCUGAAAGAAGUUUGUGGUAUUUGUCAACUUUUUGUUGCAACAUCAUUUUGUAGCUUUGAUACUAAUUCACUCUGUGGCAGCAAAAGGUAAUCAUGAAAGGACACACGUAAAAAGUUCCCUGAGAAAGCGAACAGCUUUCUCUGCUUUUUCUGCAAAGUGAACACUUCAAUCGUUCAGCUUUUCCAAAGUUAGAUAAAGCGUGUGAGGCGAUUGUUUAACAAAACGAUCUGUAGUUUCGAACAUUUCGAUCAUUUGGAUCAUUUCAUAGUACAAUACCAUACUCUCGGCAAAACAAACCAAAGGCGUUGAAUUUCUGCCACAAUGGAUAUCACGAUUCCAAAGAAAACAUGACGAUUAUUUUUCACUUUAUUGCAGUAAUUUGAAAGAGCCUUUCGUGAAACAUUCCUUACUUUACUUUAGUAUGUUUUUUCUUUCGAGGAGCGCUUUAAUUUGACACAGUUGUGGUCUUAAAUUACACGGCUCUUUUGCGAAACACACUAUGAUCGUUAUUUUUUUGAAGUGCUGCUUUUUUAUCGAAAUUGUGCACAUUUCCUCGCUUAAAAGGUUACCUUUGCACAAGAUAAUUUUAUAUAUACUGUUUCAAAAUUCAUCGAUCCUUAUUUUGCAAAACGAGCUGCAGUGUGCAUUUUAAAAAAACAUGAACGUAUUUUUAGUUUAUCUUUUUUGUUUACACGUGUUAUCUAUACAUCCCUGUCAUUGUAAACCAGCAAGAACGAAACAGUUUUAGGGUUUUGAAUGUUUAAAACUAUGUGCCUAAAGUAUAGAUUAGUGAUCCGCUGACAAACAUGGAAAGUGGCACAGCUAUUUUAUUGUCAGAAUAAAUUUUCACGUGUUUGCGGCGAUCUCGCAAAAUGACCCGAUGAUCGUUUGUGAAACUCCUUCAAACAGCUACUGAAAGAAGCGAAACAAACGAACUGUCAGAAACGACAGAAAUCACCAGAAAAGGAUAGAAACGAUGCAAACGAAAAAAUCGCCAAACGAUAAUGUAAACGAUUCAAACGCUUAGCGCAACGCCUCGCUUGACCUUGAUCUGACCUGUUGAAUAAUUUUGUCUGCAAAAUUUUCAGUGAAAUAUAACUAUGAAAGUAAAAACGACUGAAGAAGUUCUUGCGUCUUGCUGGAUUCAAGGCAAGCGCCCUACAAAAAGCCGCACGAAGCUGUCAGCUUGCGGACGUAAAAAGAAGUUCUUGCACAUGCAUUAUUUUUAGGCUAUACGUUUUGUACUUAGGUAGCUAUACUUUUCCAUAUAUUCAUUCUUUUUCUUGUGAGGAUCGGAUCGGAUCACAACUUGCAUAUUUUUUAAAAAAAAAAUAUCUAAUUUUUAAAAAAACCUUUAAGCGGUUGCAGGCGGUAAGAAGUGUUGUUUCAGGCGGUAAAUUUUACCGGUUACCGCCUGAUAAGGAGAACACUGACUACCUGAAAAGGAAUUUUCUUGUUAAAAAUUAUUUUUGUUUUUUGAUUUUAUUUUCAGAUGGCAGGGAAGUCGAGGUGGUUGUUCACAUUGUACAAGAAAACAGAAAGAAGCCAUUCUUAGGAGGCUACAAACAUAGACUAACAGGAGUAGAGUUCCAUAAUGCCGCUGCUCAAACAAUUCCAAAGAUCCGUGUACCAUCGUCUGUUGAGAAGUUUCAUCGAGAUACUCAGACUUACAAACUUAGAAACAGAGUCCAGCAAACAACGAACACAACAUCAACACAAAUGGUAUACCAUGAGUUUAAGAAAAUUGGCUGUUAAAUGCUUAAAGUGUGCAGUUUUACGUUUUAAUUUUGUUUCUUCGUUUAUUAGACCAAAGAUGGAUGUUAUGUAUCAAAUGUCACAGAUAAAAUACUGAUUCCAGGCAGAUAUGUCACAGCUGAGGAGCAUCACAGAAAAAUUUUAAAGAAGGUCAGUACGUGAUUGCUAAAAUUCGUAAUUUGGGGGCUUUAAGAGUGUUUUAUGAUUUAAUAAUGAGAUUCUCUCUGUGUAUUUCUGACAAAAUCUAUGAGCCGCGAUGAUCGAAUUGCCAUCAAAAUCAAGUUUGAAAACAUUAGUUGUGCAAUGUUAGCAAAGAAGUCUGUCAAAAAGUCUGCUGCACCUUCAGAAUUUUUGUGUUGCUUGAUAGUUAUUACAACAAGGAUCCCCAAAGUGUGACCUCCUUCAAUUAACCAAUCAGAAGUUGAGGACAGUUUCCCCCCAGCUGGCUUCUGAUUGGACUAAAUCUGUAUGAAAGGAUGUGAAUAAGUCAAAAAUAGUCACUUUUGGGCUCCUUACUGUAAACCUGUUAACUGUCUUUUGUUGUUGUCACCAUGGUUACAUUACUCAAGCUUUUUAUCAAUAUUACUACACAAAAACGUUCUUGCUAUACAACAAUCUUGUUGAAAAAACAUUAAUUUAGUGGAAAACAUGCGACAAAAACAAGGUCAUAAUCCUUUUGAUAUAUUUUUAACAUACUUUCCAGGUUAUUAUCCUGCAAACAUAUUGGAGAAGGUGGCUAGCAAAGAAUUAUGUUCAAAAGCUAAGAGAGGAUCGCAUCCGACGCCAGGAAUGGGAAAGACAGGAGGAGCUCAGAAAACAGAGGGAAAGAGCAGAAAGAAUAAGAAAAGAAUGGGAAAGAAGAAUAAAUCCCAAGACAAAGGAAGACUUUGAUCUCCUUUAUUCUCAUUUAGAGAGUAAGUUGAUUGUAAAGUGCGCAUGAAAAUAUGAUAAAGAAAUGUCUUAAGUGUAGAGGCUUGUCUUGAUUUUCACAUUUCUUGGUUGUGGCUAUACUCGUUCAAUAAAAUUUUUGAUAAUUUGUCAUUACUUAACAGUCUCUUGAGGCUAACACUACACACUCCCACAUCAUUAGACUUUUUUAAACCCUUUUUCUUGAGGGCGGAUUUCUGGUUCUUACCCAACAUUGAUUUCUCCUUGUAAACUUGGAAUACGAUGCUUGCGGCAUACUUACUGCUAAUACGGUUUUGUAUUGUUAUUUUUCAAGAGUGGCGUAAUGAAGAAAUGGCCCUUAUAGACGAGCUCUACUCUGGUCCAGAGAGAAAAGCAGCCCUUGUUGGGCUGUUAGAACAGGAAGCACAUCUCAUCGCCUCCAUCGAUAGACACAAGCUGGUUGCUGAUGAGGAAAACAAGGACAAGAGGAUCAAGAGUUUUUUGAACAAGGUUUGCUCAACCUGUAUGUUUUUGUGAUGUCGUGUAACUUACGGUCUGAGAAAUUGAAAACAGCCGACAUUUCGCGACGUUAUGCUUGAGUCAAUUCCAGCUGCGGCCUGCGCCUCCCCCCUCAGCUGACCCCCGGGCAUUAGCAUUUUUUUGUCUUGGAUCGCGAAUUCCCGGGGGUGGGGACGAAAAAAGAGGGCAAAUGCCCCGUCCUCUGUCAACACUGCAACAUUUUUCAUUGACCGCACAGUCGAAUAACGCCGUUUUAGCAUUUUAAUGUGCGAUUUUUUGUUUCAAAUAACGUCCUCCUUUGUAAUAGCGCUAGGAUUCUAAUUACGACUUCACUCUUCGACGACAUUACCAGUUUAUGGUUUUAGUAUUGAUAUAAAACUAUUGAUAUUAAACUUUAUAGAGCGCUGUAAAGUUACAGUGUAUAUGUUAUGCAGAGUUUUAUAAAUAUGAAAGGGUGUUCUUCAAAUAAUAUCAACAGAAAUUUGAUUCAAUAACCAAAAAACGGUGAUUCACAUCGAUAGCUCCGGAUUUCGCUCCGUAAUUGUGGCGUGAUAAGCAAUGAAGAAAUGCAUGCGUAAAAUCGAGAACAUGCCUUUACAACCCUCUUCAAUUUAUUCCUGUCCUUGACAGAUGAGCCAAUCUGCUUUUUUUUCCAGUAAAACCUUCUGUGUAGUUAUAUUAUGAUAGAAAACCGCGUGCGUGUCAAAAGCUCGGGAAUGGCCCCGGGAUUGGCAAAUGCCCGGCCCCCCGGCAGUGCAAAAUUUGCAUAUGUCCCACCCCCGAGACUGAAAAGGCAGGCAAAUGCCCCGCAGUAGCCCGGGGUGGUGGGGGGGCUGGGCGUAGCUGGAAUUGACUGACGCAUUGCCACUGGUUUCCCCCGCAAAAUAGUGAGUUUACGCUACAGGACGGCAGAAAGAAAGAAACGGCCAAACGCUAGAGUGAGACAAACGUGACAGCCCUAUUUCUUAUGUGUUUGGUGGUGAUCUUCACUUAAGUUAUUGUUUUUUGGUCUUUUACAUGAAGACCUGUUUAAAGGAGGGUGAAGUUCGGCGGAAAAGUUUUUCAAGCAAAAUUAUUAUCACGCUUGUCACACAAGGCUUGCCGUCUAAACGUUUGCUGAAAUUCCAUACUGAUGACGUGUCACUAACCAGAUCUGAGUAGUGCUUCUGACUGGUCAUGGGAAAUCUGCCUUAACCAUUCAGAAGCACUACCCAGAUCUGGGUAGUGGCNUACUCUGGUCCAGAGAGAAAAGCAGCCCUUGUUGGGCUGUUAGAACAGGAAGCACAUCUCAUCGCCUCCAUCGAUAGACACAAGCUGGUUGCUGAUGAGGAAAACAAGGACAAGAGGAUCAAGAGUUUUUUGAACAAGGUUUGCUCAACCUGUAUGUUUUUGUGAUGUCGUGUAACUUACGGUCUGAGAAAUUGAAAACAGCCGACAUUUCGCGACGUUAUGCUUGAGUCAAUUCCAGCUGCGGCCUGCGCCUCCCCCCUCAGCUGACCCCCGGGCAUUAGCAUUUUUUUGUCUUGGAUCGCGAAUUCCCGGGGGUGGGGACGAAAAAAGAGGGCAAAUGCCCCGUCCUCUGUCAACACUGCAACAUUUUUCAUUGACCGCACAGUCGAAUAACGCCGUUUUAGCAUUUUAAUGUGCGAUUUUUUGUUUCAAAUAACGUCCUCCUUUGUAAUAGCGCUAGGAUUCUAAUUACGACUUCACUCUUCGACGACAUUACCAGUUUAUGGUUUUAGUAUUGAUAUAAAACUAUUGAUAUUAAACUUUAUAGAGCGCUGUAAAGUUACAGUGUAUAUGUUAUGCAGAGUUUUAUAAAUAUGAAAGGGUGUUCUUCAAAUAAUAUCAACAGAAAUUUGAUUCAAUAACCAAAAAACGGUGAUUCACAUCGAUAGCUCCGGAUUUCGCUCCGUAAUUGUGGCGUGAUAAGCAAUGAAGAAAUGCAUGCGUAAAAUCGAGAACAUGCCUUUACAACCCUCUUCAAUUUAUUCCUGUCCUUGACAGAUGAGCCAAUCUGCUUUUUUUUCCAGUAAAACCUUCUGUGUAGUUAUAUUAUGAUAGAAAACCGCGUGCGUGUCAAAAGCUCGGGAAUGGCCCCGGGAUUGGCAAAUGCCCGGCCCCCCGGCAGUGCAAAAUUUGCAUAUGUCCCACCCCCGAGACUGAAAAGGCAGGCAAAUGCCCCGCAGUAGCCCGGGGUGGUGGGGGGGCUGGGCGUAGCUGGAAUUGACUGACGCAUUGCCACUGGUUUCCCCCGCAAAAUAGUGAGUUUACGCUACAGGACGGCAGAAAGAAAGAAACGGCCAAACGCUAGAGUGAGACAAACGUGACAGCCCUAUUUCUUAUGUGUUUGGUGGUGAUCUUCACUUAAGUUAUUGUUUUUUGGUCUUUUACAUGAAGACCUGUUUAAAGGAGGGUGAAGUUCGGCGGAAAAGUUUUUCAAGCAAAAUUAUUAUCACGCUUGUCACACAAGGCUUGCCGUCUAAACGUUUGCUGAAAUUCCAUACUGAUGACGUGUCACUAACCAGAUCUGAGUAGUGCUUCUGACUGGUCAUGGGAAAUCUGCCUUAACCAUUCAGAAGCACUACCCAGAUCUGGGUAGUGGCACGUCAUCAGUACGGACUUUCUGCGCACGUUUCUCAGACGUCAUUUCGCGUGAAAACUGGUGGCAUCGCGAAAUAUCGGCUGUUUUCGUGAUUUCAAAAAUGAUUCGGCUUGAAGAGUGGUGAAAAAAAUGUUUUUCCAAAUCUCUAUGAAGAUACUGUAGGCUUUUUCAAAGUCCUUCGCUUCAAUUUUCCGGUUCCGGUAGUUUGCUUCAGCGCUCCCGCUCUCUCGAUCGCUUUGCCGCCGAAAAUAUAAAUUCCUAGCUCGUGCUUUGCACUCGAGAAAAGUUAUGAGCUCGACUUUUGGGCAAGUCUAAAGAUAUUGAUAUUUGUGUGACAGAAUGAAAUCUUUCUCACAGAAAAAUUAGUGAGUAACAAGGUUGAUCAGAGUGGAACCAUAGUAAACAAUAGAAAUUUUACAAGUUAUCAUGCAUGGAUAAAAGUUGUUUAUUCUUAUGUGUUUCUAAGCACCUUCAAUGGAAGUAAGGUCGUACAUUGUUUAAUCUCGAUUUGUCAAAAUUAAUGAUUCUUAAUUUACAGUUUCUUUAGGUGUCUUUGUUCUCCCCGCUUUCCUUUCUAAACAUGCUGUACAUUUACACUGCUUUGUUCUCUCCACAGGCUGCGGCCCCAAAGCAAUGGAAAGCUUUUGACGGAAAGAUAACGGAGAUGGACACGCCCUACACCAUCCGCGCCCAAGAAUUACGGGACAUUUACAGUACGCUUAGCAUGAAGUACCUAACGCAGGAUGAAAGAUUGGAUGUACUGCUGACCCUAAAACAUACUGUAAAAGAACACGACUGUAAACUGACGCAAGAGAUUAUUGAAUUGAUUGACAGGGAAGCUGAUUUAUUGAUGAGAGGAGUCAAAGAAUCAAAUCUAGAAGGUACAUUUAUAAGCAGUUCUGGAUUACUCACAAGCAUGCUGUUUAAAGAACAAUGUAAUUCCUGCAGCAUUUUCAAAUGAUGACGCAUCUAAAACAUUUUAUUUAAUUAAUUAAUUUUUUUUACCCUGUAUACUUUAACCCCUACUGCACUAUAUCAUUUAUCGUUUUUUCUGGUGGAAAAUUAGCGACUGUUUAAUUUAGUCUUAGUUUCCUGUCAUUUAAAGAAAACCAACUCCGAAGUACACUGUACUUUCCAAAGGAGACCUUCAAAUCGCCACUUCCACAGCAAGUAGCACUACACUGUAGAAUGACCCUGGUGCUGUUCCGUAGUUUGGGGACGUUCUCUCGUCUUUCAUUCUAUUUGCGCGCGUCCCUCACAGUUUGACACCGUUGUGAAAGUUAAGGACUCCAGACACAAGAGGAGCGUGACAGUGCAGUGAUGCACGCGUGGUGAUGCGCGUUGCGUCUGCCUCCUCUACAAGUUUUCCAAGGCUCAGUGGGGAGCACGGGACAAGCGAGAAGGGCGAGAGCUGGAGACAAGCGAGAAGCGAGUCAGGGUUACGAUGGAAGUGAAUUAACUCGAAUGACCCCCAGAAAGGUGAUCGUCAGCGACUGGAGACGAGGCUAACAAGAGGAACCUGCUAGCAAGCUCUCCAUUUAUGGCGAGUGAAGCGAGACCCCCCAAAUGAAGAGCUUGCUCGCAGGCUAUUCAUAAAGCUACCUUACGGGCUUAUUUUAUUUUUCAGGGUUACGCAAGAGAAUUUUAACUUUGUUUCUUCAGUAUUGCAAAACACCUCUUUUCAACCCCGAGGCAGCUCGGAUCAUCAAGGUGCAGUAAUAUUACUCGUUAACGUUUUAUUGCCGCCCCAAAACUUCACAUGACACCUCCGUUUCAGUUCAUUUUGCUCUCGUGAUGGAAAUUUUAAGGGAGUCUCGAACGAGAGUGUUGUUUACUAGCGAAAUUUGGGAAUCAUUCGAAAUUGACUGUUAUACAGGCUAUUUUCCUUUCUAUGAUGGCAGUUUAGUUUCUGGAGGGUAGAAAAGAAGUGCGAAUUCAUGAACCAGUAUGCUGCAGAAAAUUACAACGCUUGACUCGAAAAAUAAGUUGCUCAUACACCCGGUGAAAAAGGUUCCUAAGAAUUCAGUAAAGUAAUAAGCUCGUUUGUCAUAUAUGCCAGUAUACCGAACAAGGUUAUUUCCUCUUGAUUUACUUUUGCUGGGCAGAGCAGGCCAAGACAUGCCUUUUGUCUUUAGUGAAACUGUUAUGAUUUUCUUCACCUCAACCACGCUUAAAUAAUAGUCGUGCCGUCAAUUAAAUUCCUAAUUUGAUCCCCAUCUGCUUUUUUGCAAUGUAUGGUAGCAAAACCUUUUAUCUUUCUCUCUUAUUUAGGUUCCACAAGAUCCGUCAGUAUUACGAAAAAAUAUUUACUUCUGUCCAAGUUGCAACUCAUACUUGCCAUCAACAGAAUUCCAACUUUCAUCCAAUUCUCGGUGAGUCAAGCUUAGAUUAAUUCUUUUAAUGUUUAGUUUCGGCCAUUAGAAGUUAGCGAUAAUAAAGAGUUAUCGUUCGGAAAGUUUUAACUAAAUGUCUUCAAAUCUGAUUAUUUAUCUAGCUUAUAGGUUGUUCAAACCAACUAUAAAAUCGUGUAGUGCUAAGCGGCGAAGACAACGCCGGAGUAUGUACAUGUACAUUUCUUUGCCGUUAUUUUGCACGACUGCAACGUGAAACUUCCAGAAACUUCUUAGUUACACUUUUUAUUUUUUUUCACUGCCGCUCACUUUCACCUUGCAUUAGUGGCCGUUAGCAUUUCUCAUUUUGUCACCGCCGCUACAAAAUUUUCAUGUUGUUCUUCCAACAAAAAUGUGCUUCGCUGGCCUGCCGCCAACUUUCUCUUUUUCUCUGUCUUUCUCUUGCUCCAUAUUCCAAAUUUGUGGACACGACAAUUACUCUAAGCUUAAUACUUUAGACAACACGGAUACACAAACAAUUUCCGCUUUCCGGUUUCGUCUUUAUUGAUUUAUUGACUUUUAGUUGUCUCUGCUUUACAAACGCGGGUGGCUAUGCGAUUUCCCGCCAAAAUAACAUUGGGUUGCAUUUGGGUUGCCAUACCUGUUGAUUGAGUUUUUUUUUACUUUGGCAUGACUGUGGUGCGGACAAACGGUCGGGCGGGCGUACGGUCACGUGAUUACCAAGAUAGAUUGCCACAUUUUCUUACCCAUGGUGCAACCCUGCGCGUGCUUUGCUCCUAGUAUCCCACUUGCGCUUGUUGGAUAUGAGAUGAUUAUAGCCAACCAGCUGGGUAUCUAGCGUCCCAUAUCCAACGCGCACUUGUGGAAUAAUUGUUAAAUAUAUAUAAACUUAGCUGGCCAAUUUUUUUUAAAAACUGGCUAAACUCCGGUCAGAAAACGGGCUCAUUCAGCUUCGUGACGUGCUAUUUCUAACCUUUCUUGUGACGCCAGCCUUAGCCUGCGUACCUGGCGGAGCACCAUUUUUUGACGUGUCCUUCAUCUUAUCGUAGUUUUAGAUCUUUCUUAAUUAAACACGUUUCGUUCAUGUUUGAGUUGAUGAGUUCAAGAGAAUUUACAUGAUGUGACCUUUGUUUCUUCUUUGGCCACACAGGGUUGUUGGAAGAUGUAGAAAGUGUAUGAAACUCGACAACGAUGCCAGAUUACGGCAUGACUUCUCGCAGUACAGAGCAAUGUUGAAAGAGCUGAGGCGUUCAGAAGAAAGCUUUGAAGAUGGUUCUAAAAUAGCAUACUUACUCCAGGUACAUGCAGAUUCGGUAAUCUAUAAGAUGUUUCGGUACGAGAGAGUCGCUGUCAUGGGACCUCGCAACUGAAUAAAUCUGCAUUUCCAAAUUUCGUGAUAUAAAAACAAGUACUUCUCUCCCUCCAAAAUUCCCUAAAUUGACCCGUACGUGAACUACAACAUUCUACACUGUAAAUGCCGAAAUUGAAAUUAAGACAUCGGUAGUCGGUUUGGGGCCAUUUGAAUAAUUUCCUUUCAGUAAGAGCAUGUUGCCAGGCGGCCAGUUACCAGUAACGAUCAAAAGAGCAAACAGUUUCCCUUUGUAAACGAUAGCUGCAGUUUUUAAGACACUCAGGGGCUGAAUUUUACACGGGCUGGUUCGGUUUGCCGCUUUGAGACCGAGAUCUCGGCACCUUGGUCAAACGCAACAAAAAUCAACUUUGUAAUUACAUGACAACCGAGCCAAAGUGGCCACUUGAUAAAAUAGUCCAACCUGGUAGACGGGGCCAUUCCGGAUUAUGUAAUCAGGCUCUAAUAGAAUUUUUGCCCUGUUUUUCAUAACUGUGUUUCAUAACUUACACAUCUGGAUGGCCCUAGCUUUUUCUCUAACUUUGUACGUAUCUGCUUUAAACUUUCUCUUUUUUUUCGCAGACAUUUGCCUCAUAUUAACUUAAUCCAGAGAAUUCUUAUCAUGAGGGAACAAGCAUCAAUUGUCAUGUGCAAACUGAAAGAUCUUUGACUAAAUCUGUUCCUCUUUUUCAGGAACCUGAUUUACGCUAUCUUGUGGAAAACAUUUGGAAUAGCCAGAGCGUGCUCAGCGCUCACGAAGACCUGUUUGACUUGAUUCUUGUACGGUGGAAUAAGUACGAAGAGUGGUCUCCGUGGAACUGUAUUUUGCUCACAAAGGAAGAGGCAUCUGCUCACGCCAAACUGGAAAACGUUACUGAGGUACGGCUCCUUUUCUUUGUUUGUCUUUGUCGUUUUAAACCCCUCGUCAAUAGAUGGGUGUGGGUAAGAUGCCUGAGUAAACUGAGGAAGCCGUAAAGAGUGUCUUUUAGUCGGAUGUGGAAGGGGGAAUCUGAUCAUACAGUAAAAACCGCGACUAAGAACCUGCAUUUCCCCACGUUAGUCUAAAGAGUUUCUUGCAUAUAAUAUGUUGAUUAGCAUAAAUUUAAGCUAUUUAGGUUCUUGAUAGGUUCUCAUUCAGUCUGAAGGAAAAAUACAUUAUAGCUAAGAGUAGUUAGUGGUAUUUAGUUCAUUCCUUAGGUAAAACCUGUAUUGCAGUUGUAGUUGGAGUAACAAGGCACCUUUGUCUACAAAGAGGAUCCUAAAUGUUGACUUAUCUUAGUUGCCCAAGUGUCCGGAUUUUUUUAUGUAGAAUUUUAAUAGAAAAUAAGAACUUGUUUUAAAUUUUGGGCUCCACAGGUUCUGUUUAGAGGGGGCCUAUCUGGCAAAUGUUAGCCAAGCAGGUUUUUAAAAAACAAGCUCUUUAAGUCGCUGGUUGUUACUGUACUUCAAAAGUAGGUGUAUGACCGUCCGUGUAUGCUUGAUCGAUCCUUGUUAAUGAGGAUUAUUAAGCAAUGUCUGCUUUUUCGUUUGGUGCUUCUUCCGGUACGAGAUUGAUGGCACAAUUAAUAUUUAGUCCAUGCAUGAUGAGAUAACUACUCCCUUAAUUCACCAAGUCGUGAAAUACGAGAAAAAUAUUGCACGCAAUGGUUUUACCCCUGCUGAGUAAGCUCUUUUGGGGUUGGGAUAAAGAAAUCGCCCUCCAUUUCCAACCCCACCCCCAUCCCCCAAGUUGGAGGUGAUUCCCUUCACUUCCUUCGAGUAUCCUCACUCUAACUUUGUAUUUCUUUCCAUCAGGCAUACGGGCGGAUGUUUAUCGGGAAGAUUCUACACAAGCACGUACUGGCUCGUAACUACUUUUCACGCCUGCCCGGCAUGGCGGAACACAUGAAGAAGAAAAUUUCUGGACAAACUCGAGGA